UGGUGGCGGUGACUGGUGGCACUGGUGGUGGCAGCAGUGGUGGCAGUGGCCAAGGGACAUCGCGGUGGGUCCCGGGGCCGUGUCCCCCCAUGAGACGGGCAGCGGGACCCAGCCAGGAGCUGCGAGAGCGAAGUUGGAUGCACCCGGGGCACCCCCAUCACCCCAAAACCGCCGGGAGCCGCUGGCCGAGGCCCCCCGCCCCGCCGGGACCCCCGGACCGCCCGGUACGGAGCGGGGACAGGGGGGCUGAGCCCUCGGACCACCUCACACCCCUCCCUUGUGUCCCGAAGCCUCCGCCAGCCCGUGCCAGGUGUGUCACCUUCGAGGACGAGGUGGUGCCACCGCGGGGACCCCCGGGGAGGGUCCGUCCUGCCAAGGAGCAGGAGAAGCAGGGGGACAGGUCCAUCCCCCCCAGACUGUCACCCCGGCCACGCGCCGUCCCCGACUACGUGGUGAGGUACCCGGCGAUCCGGAGCCCCCGGCAGAGGGAGGGGUACAAGGGCGUCUUCCAGGACCAGCUGGCGGAAUACGUGGAUCUGCACCGGGAGCUCCGUGCCACAUGUCGCCCCCCGGGCAGGACGGGCAAUUCCCGGCAGGAUUCAGCCUGGCUGGAGAAGCAGCAGCGCUGUGAGUACCUGAAGAAGAAGCUGACGCACCUCAAGGCGCGGAUCCAGGAGUACGAUCGUGUCACCCGCUCCAGCGCAGGUGGCUCCUGAGCCUGUGCCAGGACCGGGGAACCCCCACUCCGAGGCACCCCAGGGGAUGGGGAGGGGGUGGCAAUGCUGCAGGGAUCACCCAGUACCCACCCACCCAUCGCACCCACGCGGGAACGGGGAGCAAACCCACCGGCUCCUCCUUUUGGAGGUCCUCGUGGAGCCUCGUGGCCCCGGGACCCCCGAGCGCUGGGUGGUCCCUCCUGUCCCCGGGCCCUGGCUGUGCCCCCACCUCACCCUGUGAAUCGGGGAUUUCCCGCCCCCCACCCCGGGCAGGGGGUGCAGCUGCUGAAGUGGCUUUAAUUUAAUAAGUGGGUUUAAUAAACGUGGUGGUGGUG